AUGAAUGUUCUUAUUAACUGGUGGAUAUAUUCUAGUCUUUUUGUUCAAUCAAUAGUCUGGGCAAAGAGAAAUUUAAUUGCUACUUCAUUGGUCACAUGUAUGGAAAAUUCACAAAUUUCUGCAAACACUAUUGAUAUCGUGUUCAACCCAGAUGAUAGAUCUUUACAUUACUCCUUAGAUGUUCUUACUACUGUUGAUACCUUUGUCUUUGUUGAUAUUGACGUCUAUGCAUAUGGGUUUAAAGUUAUCACUAAGAGCUUUGAUGUAUGUUCGCUAAAUUGGAAACAGUUUUGUCCCUUACAUCCAGGUACUAUCCAAAUUGAUUCUGUGGAAUAUGUGUCAAAAGAAUAUGUAGAUAUGAUUCCAGGAAUUGCAUAUCAAGUUCCAGAUAUUGAUGCUUAUGCUAGAAUAAACGUCUUCAACAAUGUUAGUCAACCUGUGGCAUGUUUGCAGAUAUUCUUCUCCAAUGGUAAAUCUGUCGCCCAAACAGGUGUCAAAUGGGCAACCGCGGUGGUUGCAGGGAUAGGUCUGUUAGUAUCCGCUGUCUUAUCUACGUUUGGUAAUUCCAUUGCCGCCUCGCACAUUUCCGCCAACACUAUGUCCCUUUUUCUUUAUUUCCAAUCUGUCGCAGUUAUCUCCAUGGAACAUGUUCAUUCAGUGCCCCCUAUUGCUUCAUCUUGGUCUGAAAAUCUAGUUUGGUCAAUGGGGUUGAUCAAAAUUCAUUUCAUGCAAAAGAUUUUCCGUUGGUAUGUUGAUUCUACAGGUGGUACUGCAUCUCUAUAUUUAACAGCUACAACGAUGAGUGUGCUAACACAGAGAUCAUUAGACUAUCUUGAAAAUACGGAAUUAUAUAAACGAGCAGCAAACAUCCUAUAUGGGAAUCAAAACACGUUGAUUUUUAGAGGUAUUAAGAGAGUUGCAUAUGAUAUGGGGAUUGAAAAUACUUCGGUUGUCUGUACAGGCUUUACAUUCUUUGUAUUAUGUGGGUAUGUAUUAGCUGGUGUUAUCAUGGUAUGCAAAUACAGUGUUGAAGUGUGCAUAAGAGCUGGAUGGGUUCAACCAAAUAAAUUUUUAGAAUUUAGAAACAAUUGGAGAAUCAUUCUAAAAGGUGCAUUACUAAGAUAUAUUUAUAUAGGUUUUACUCAGUUGACUAUAUUAAGUUUCUGGGAAUUUACUGAAAGAGAUUCUGCUGCAGUCAUUGUGAUUGCAUGCUUGUUUUUGAUAUUAUCUAUUGGAUUAAUGAUUUGGGCUGCCUAUAGAUCUUGGUAUUUUGCCCAAAGGUCUAUCAAAAUUUAUAAUAACCCUGCUGCUCUACUUUACGGUGACGAAAAAGUGCUUCAUAAAUACGGUUUUUUCUACACUAUGUUUAAAGCUGAUUUCUAUUGGUGGAAUUUUGUUUUAUUAUCCUAUAUUUUAAUAAAGGCUGCAUUUAUAGGGUUUGCUCAAGCUUCUGGUAAGACCCAAGCUUUAGCUACAUGGAUACUUGAUAUGGGGUAUUUAGGUGCUAUCAUCCAUUAUCAGCCAUAUUUAGAUCGUUUAACAAAUAUUCUGAACAUUUGUAUUAACGUAGUAAUCACCAUUAACUCGUUUUUAUUUUUAUUUUUUUCGGAUCUGUUUGGUCAACCAUAUAGUGUUUCUGCUGUUAUGGCAUGGAUUUUCUUCAUUAUGAAUGCUGCAUUCUCCUUUAUAUUGUUAAUGAUGAUUUUAACAUUCACGGCUAUUGCUAUAUUCUCUAAGAAUCCAGAUUUAAGAUUUAAACCUGCCAAGGACGACAGAACUUCAUUCCAGAGAUGUUCAUUAAUUACUGCUAAAAAUGGCAAUGAUGUUCCAGAUUCUAUUGCUAAUGAAUUAUUAGCAUUAGGUAAUGUUGCUAAAGAUCAUGAAGCAGAUUGGGAAGCUCAACUACGAGAAUCUUCACCAGAGAAUAUCUUUUUAGGAUCUGAUGAGGAAGAUGAGAAAAAAGGAUAUUUGGUUAAUGUUGAUUCUGCUGUAAAUCAUUUAAGUAGAAAACCAACUUUAAAGGAAAGAAUCUUUGGUAAAUUUUUCCCUUCAAAUAAUGAAGGAGGCAGUAUAAUAAGUCACACUGAUGUCGUAGAUGUUUCCCCUAAUGUGACAAAUGAACCAACUGGUUCAUCAUCACAAACACCCUCAGCUUCAAUGACAUCAACUUCUUCUUCUCCGUCCAGCGAAAAUAAGGUUUACCCUGGAGCCAAUAAUCACACAAGGAUGCAUUCAAUGUCUAAUAAUGGAUUAAUAGAUUCGUUUGAUGAUGAUGAACAGAAUAUGUUGCAUGCACCCCUUUCAAAUCCAUUUAAUUCCACAGAUAAAUUCUCGGUAAGUUCAAACAAUGAACUACCUCGUGAUUUCAGCUUAGAUAGUGUUAAUCAUAACCCUCAAGCUAUGCGGUCAAGAGAUAUAUUACAUGAAAAUUAUUUAUAA